GAGGCAUUAAGGAUCGCCGCUGCCACUCCUCGGGACGGGACUCCGAAGCCUGGCGUUCCUCUUGGGAGUAAAUCGCCUCCAGUAAAGUCUCCUGUGGAGGCUCCAAGAGAGAGAAAGACCUCUGCAUCAGACGACAAGAAGAAAGUGAAACAGCUGGGAUACCGAGAUUCAAGCUACUACUGGGAAGUCAACUCCAGUGAAGUGGUGACACUGAAACGCAUUGGAGCAGGCUCCUUUGGCACUGUAUUUCGUGGCAAGUGGCACGGCGAUGUGGCAGUCAAGAUUCUCAAAGUGACCAAUCCGACGUCAGAGCAGAUCCAGGCCUUUAAAAAUGAGAUGCAGGUCCUCAGGAAGACACGUCACGUUAACAUUCUGCUUUUCAUGGGCUUUAUGACAAAACCCACCUUUGCAAUAAUCACCCAGUGGUGCGAAGGGAGUAGCCUGUACCGCCAUCUGCAUGUAAUCGAGACUCGAUUUGACAUAUUCCAACUCAUAGACAUUGCAAGGCAGACAGCACAAGGGAUGGAUUAUCUUCACGCUAAAAAUAUUAUUCAUCGAGAUCUGAAAUCGAACAACAUCUUCCUCCAUGAGGGUCUCACUGUAAAGAUUGGCGACUUUGGCCUGGCCACAGUAAAGACACGGUGGAGUGGAUCCCAACAAGUGGAGCAGCCCAGUGGUUCCAUCCUAUGGAUGGCCCCAGAGGUGAUCAGGAUGCAGGAGACAAGUCCAUACAGUUUUCAGUCUGACGUGUAUUCGUUUGGAGUUGUCCUGUACGAACUGUUGGCUGGCUUGUUACCAUAUGCGAACAUAAAUAAUAGAGAUCAGAUCAUUUUCAUGGUCGGUCGUGGUUACCUCAGUCCUGACCUCAGCAAAGUGCCCAAUAACUGUCCCAAAGCCAUGAAAAGACUUCUAUCAGACUGCAUGAAAUUCAAGAGGGAGGAGAGGCCUCUGUUCCCUCAGAUCCUUUCCUCCAUUGAGCUGCUCCAGCGUGCACUCCCCAAGAUAGAGCGCAGCGCAUCGGAACCAUCUCUGCACCGAGCGGUGAACUCUGAGGACCUCAACCCCUUCCUGAUUAGCACUUUCCGCCUUCUCCCCCACUGACGGGAGAGCGCCCCAUGUACACAGUUUAUCAUCUAUCUCUGGACUGUUGUCUAGGAACCGGGAAUGUUCUGUCCUUCCGCAUUGGGCUCAUGUGGUUUCUCUUCUUGAUGCUACUUUACGCUCCAUGUUGAUUAAUUGUUCAGCUCUAUCUUUUCUAUGCCUCUGCGAAUUAAA